AUGUCGUUUUUGAAUGAAAUUAAAGACCUGGCAUCAGCUCUGCACGAGCAUAUUUUUACCCAGCCGCAAGAGAGAUUUGCGAACCAGCCCUGGGAGUUGGUCAAGGCCAUGGAGACCUUCGCACAGAACAAAGAACAAGUUAACCUUAGCCCGUCACAGCUUCAAAUUCUGCGGCCACCUCCGAAAACAAUAAUCGAAUUCGGUACCUACGUUGGUAACUCCGCCAUCGCAUGGGGUCCGAUUCUGCGUGACCUGCACGGUGAGGACGUGUACGAUUGCAGCGUCUAUACUUCUGAAUUGAGCUCAGUAAGUGCUCAGGUAGCUCGAGCCCUUAUACAACUAGCUGGGAUGGAAGACCUUAUUUGUGUCCUGGAGGGGCCUGCUGUGGAAUCGCUCAAGAAGUUGCAUAUAGAGGGAAAGGUGAAGCCGAGAGCAGUGGAUAUGGCGUUCUUCGAUCACUGGGAGAAGUUCUAA